AUGGCGGCACAGCUCUGUCUUUCGUCUCUACAAGUCGUUGCUGGAGAUGGUAAAGUCGUCGCUGAAAUACAUGAAAAUGCUAAUGGUCUCCAAUUUCCAAAUUUCUAUCGUUUAGAAUAUUUUUCAAAAAAUUGUCGGAAAUUACUUGACAAACAGUCAUGGGUCCCGUGUGUCAUAUUCAAUCUAUUGCUGGCACAGUUAACCAAUCGUGCCAAAAUAUCACAGCGAUAG